GUGGAGCCGGCGGAGCGGCCCAGCCGGCCUGGGCAGCGCCGGGCGCAGUCGCAGAGGGCGGCGUCGCCGAACGACUGGCGGCCCGCCGCGGAGCCGAUGCGCCCGGCGCCCCAGACGCCGCAGCGGCGGCCGCAGCAGCGGGCGGCGGUCGCGGCGGCAGGCGCGGCGCAGGCUCCGCCCCUGCCGCCCGGCGGCAGCCGGUGCGAGGCCUCCGACGAGUGGCCGCUGGGAUGGUUGCGGGUGCCUGGCAGCAGCAGCGGCUGGGUCCUGUUCGUCCACACCUGGAGCGACCAGCUGCCGGGCGCGAAGGACAUUUGGGAGAAAGGGAACGGCAGAGAGCUGGCGUUUGACGUCACGAGAACGACGAGCUGGCAGAUCGAGGAGUACACGUCCGACCAGGAGGGGCUACCAGCCGCCUUUGUGUUGCACCAUCGAGGAACCUCGUCUGUCCAACGAUUGUGGUUCUGCCUUGUGCCGCCGGGGGCUCAACGUGACUCCAGCGCGAAUUCGGCACGCAGCCGACGCGGAGUCCGUGUGGAUUCGCAGAUUCAACGCGACCAGCAACGCGAUCGGACAGAUCACGUCCCCCGAAGAUGCGAUAACACAUGA